GGAACUCGUCUUUGACAGUUGCACACUGACUAAUCCCUACCUGUUUGUUAAUGACCUUUCUGAGUUCCCUAUUGAUCGCUUUGGAAAAUACUUUAUAUUGAUAAAAUAUUAAGCAGUCAAUCUCGCUGUAUCUUUCCCUAUUUACAAUGACUCAUAAUUCCCCAUCUGUCCGUGCUUAUCGUUCCUGGCCUCUCUCUUUGCUUCCUCUUCUCUCCUCACCUGUGCCUUUUCAGAAACGAUCAAAUACACAAAAUCAGAUUUCCUGUUCCUUAUCCCUCGUCGAUUCACCCUCCCUAACCGAUUGGUUUGAAGGUGACAUAUUAUACCACCAGGUGUGAGUGUUUGAAAAUCUGCGCGUCCACUAAAAUGUUUGCUGGAUCGACUAGUCUACCAACCUACCCAGUGGACUGCAGCAAACGUUGCUCAUCUAUCUGUCAUCACUCGCCCACGUGUGAUGUCAAAGGUCGAUCAGCAAAGUCACAGCUUUUCUCGGUUUUGGGGCCUCAGUGGUGGAACGAGCUCCCUGCCGCUCUCAGGGCCGCAGAGUCGCUCACUAUCUUCCGAAAAGGACUCAAGACUCACCUGUUCAGAGUUCACCUCGACUCUGCAUAGCCACCUUUCCUCUUCUGACCACCAUUGUACACUGUAUUGUAUUGUAUUGUAGCACUUAACUGUGUAGCAACUGCAGCAGCUGCUAUCAUGUCUGUAAUACGGGGAAUUGAUUAACCUAGCGAUUGUGGUACUUGCACUUGGUUCUAUGAACAUCCUUUCUGUACCGACAGCGAUAUAUUGAUGCACUUCUUAUGACAAAUGUACUUAUUGUAAGUCGCUUUGGAUAAAAGCGUCUGCUAAAUGUAAAUGUAAAUGUCAGAAGGGGCAGAUUUUCAAAACGGCUUGUAACGGCGAAUCACACUCGCACCUGGUGGAAUAACACGUAAACCUUUAACACACGUCGUGUCCGCUCCAGCGCCGACGGGCAGCCCAGCCUGCUGUCCCCCGAGCGGGCCCAGGAGUCGAACCUGCGCUCCACGGGGAUCCUGAACAGCGUGCAGCGGCUCUUCUCCCACCACAUGGUGGAGACGUUCGGCUGCGACUACUCCACCGGCGGCGUCACCCUGGAGUCGGUGCAGACCAAGCUCCGGGGCUUCCUGGACCUGCGCACGGCCGACGGGCCGCGCCACGACACCUACCUGGUGUUCUACAGCGGACACACCCAGAAGGGCACCGGCGCCUGGCUGCUCGCCGGGGGUGAGUGCCUCCAGCUGGCCCAUCUGCUGGAGCUGUGGCGGGAGAAGAUCGGCGGUCACAGCUCGCGGCUCAUCCUCAUCCUGGACACGGAGCACUCCGCCCCCUGGGUGAAGGAGGUGCGGCGGCUCGAGGACGUCUACGUGGCCGUGCAGGGCGCCACGCUCACCCAGUCCCGCUCGACUGACGAGGAGGGCGGCGGCGGCGGGCCGCGCCUCGGCGACUUCACCGCCGAGUGGGUGGAGUUCAACUGCAACCCCGACAGCGCCACCCAGUGGUCGCAGAAGGGGCGGGCGGUGGCGGCGGCCUACGGCGUGGCGCGGCGCUGGGGCGACUACGCGCUGCACCUGCCCACCGGCAGCGACGUGGCCAAGCACUGGACCACGCACUUCCCCAAGGCCACGUAUCCCAUGGUGCACCUGUCCAACUGGUGCUGCGGCCUCAACCUGUUCUGGCUCUGCGGCGUCUGCCUGCGCUGCUUCCGCCGCGUGAAGCUGGGCUGGUUCCCGCCCGCCGUGUUGGACACCGGGCAGGGGAUCAAACUCGUGCACUCGUAGACGUUCGCCGGUGUGUUUGUGCAGUAUGGGGACGAUUUGUACGCUCGUGUUCCCCCCCCCCCCCCCUCCUCCCUCCUCCUCGCACCAUGUUGUGGUUUUAAACCAGAGGGACUAGAGAAAGUCGUGCAUAGCCAGUAUGCUGACACACAGUUAACGUCGUUACUGAAAUUUUAAAGGACUAAUAGCCUUCCAACUCUCCUCAUGAGAGUCUCUUCAUUCGCCUCAUCGGAAAUCACCUGCGAGUUCAACUUUGGCACAAUUCCUUCCCUUUGAUUUCGUAGUGUAGAGUCAGGCUACUCGAAUCGUGGCAGCACAAGUCGGUGACACAUUACGUCUAAUAUUGUUAUUAGUGCCGCAGCUUCUGAUGGCUUGUCGCGGGCGGCUACGCACUUUCACACAAAUAUGACUCAAAUUGUUCUGUUUUUGAUGUUCUGAGAGAUUUUGUUUUACCUUGGGGAGAUCCUACUGAUUGUCAUAAUUUGGCACAAGAGUGCCUCGCAAAAAAUCGAGAGGGAAAAAAAGUGUGCAAAAUGUGCCUUCUUAUUUAAACUGUAUUUAAUUAACGGGUUAUUAUGCGUUUAUGGGUACUGAAAAAAUGUAAGUGCCUCCCCUUUUUGCGUGCAACGCGGUAUUGUGUUACGACAAAAUGGCUUUCCGAUUUUUCAAAUGAAGUUAUGUUUUUUUUAAAUAACUGUUCAUUCUCUAGAGUGCCUUGGCAACGGGGCGAUCGGGGCCGAGGUGAACGUCGCUCUGUGGUCGGAACCGUGCCCGUUGUGGCUCGCUUAUUGACAUGACCAUUUAUGGGCGCUCAGCUGACGGGAUCGAUUCGAGCCGGCAGGCCGGGAGAGGUAGGAGGGAUGAGACAGGGGGGGUAGUAGAGGUGACGGACGGAAGGGAUUAGAAGGGCUUUCUUGAGCACCCUCAAAUGGGAUUAGCGGGGUGGCUAUGGGGUUUGAUUUACUGAUGUGCUGUCGUCGUAAGAACCACGGCGCGCACAAGUCACUAACCCACCCGCCCCCGCCCGCCACCACCAGUACCGCGACUGGAGUGACGGUCCUUUGCAAUAUUUAUAGGUUUAUAUAUUUUUUAUAUGCAGUGCUCUGACGCCAUGAUUGAACAAAGUCCUUGGAUGGCCGAGCAGCAGGGAUGCAGCGCGUUAGGAAGGGGUCGCUUAGGCUCGACUUCCCUUUGCUUUUGUACCCACGUCGGACAGACUUAAACUAGUGGGAAGUGUGGCUUCAGAAUGGGUGGGAGAACGUCUAUGUAUAGUAGGCCUAUACAUAUUUUCCUUUUGUUAUAGAAGAGAUUAUCCAGUGCCUUUCGUGGACUAUUAACAAUUUAAGGGGGGGGUGGGGGGUUGUACUUGUACCUGUUGGUACCAUGUUUUGAGACAAUGUUUGCAUAUGCCUGUUUCUGACUUUGACUUUCCCUGUAUCGCCUUCUACAAAAUAUUGCAUUUUAAUAUUGAAAUAAAUGUUUUACACGCCGUCAA